AUGAGGCAAUCUCUCAUCAGCAAUAGUUUGACCGGCGUUUCACCCUUCAUAACGAGCCCAUACAUGUUCACGUUUUACGCGGUAUAUGCAGUGAAGAGGGAAAGAAAUAGCUACACAAAUGUGUAUACAAUUAAGAACCCAUUAAGAUGUAAAGUAAUAGACAAGGUAAAGCUGGUAAGACAAAAUGCCGUGCAUGAAGUGUACAAUCUGGAGAUAGACCAUGGGGGGAUGUUCAAUUAUUUGGAAGGGCACUCAUGCGGGGUGAUUCCUUACUAUGAGGAGAUGGUACAAGAAGAUGAUCAAAAUAACCCUCAGGAGAAGGGGAAAAAAGGGGGGGAAAAAUGCGCAAGGCUUUAUUCCAUAUCGUCGAGUAACUCGGACAAUCUCUCCGUUGCCAUCAGAAUACAUACCUACCAGGAAGAAAAAAAUGGAUACACUCAUCUGCAGUAUGGAUACUGUUCAGGUUACAUAAAAGGGUUAAAAAAAAAUGAUAACAUAUAUUUAACGGGAGCACACGGAAGCUUUCUUCUUCCAAAUAAUGUGCUUGAAGAAAAUACAAAUUUAAUUUUAAUUGCAACAGGAACGGGCAUCUCUCCUUACAUAGCUUUCUUAAAAAAAAUUUGGGGAAAUCAACAAGGUACACUCCCACAAAAGAAACCAACCUAUAAUGGGCAGAUUUUUCUCUACUAUGGAGUGUACAAUGAAGACUCCAUUCUGUAUAUUCAUGAACUUGAACAUUUUGUGAAGAUGUACCCGAAUAACUUCCAUGUCGAGUAUGUCUUUUCCUGUAAUAAAAAUUUGGAUGGUAGUUCCCAUCAUGUGCAGGACGAAAUAUACAGAAAGAGGGAAAAUUUCUUGCGUCUUUUCAAUAAUCUCAAAUGCGAGCUUUACAUUUGUGGCCAUAAAUCCAUAAGGGCUAAAAUUAUGGAUAUCCUCAAGGGGGAAAACCAAGUAUGGGAUGCCGAGAAGAGGAAGCGCGUUCACGUUGAGGUUUACUAA